CAGGAGACUGAAGAACAGGAAGCCCUGGGUGCUGUGGUGCCCUCCGGGUGGUGAAGCCCCGCGGAGGGAGGGCUCCUUCCGCCGUCUCCACGCGCGUUUGUCUCCGGGAGCUUUUAAAUUACUCAAUAGAGUUCUCCCCGCACCCAUCGCCUCGGUCCGGGUACCCGCGUGCCCUGGUUCUGCCCCUCGCGACCGGACCCGCGCACGCGCACAAGCAGGCACGCACGCGGGCACGCAGGUCCCACGCUCGCUCCGAUGGCGGCGCGCCUGCGCGGACGGAACACGCUCCGUGCGGGUUGAGCGGUGCGCCGCCGCAGGGGCAGGGUGCCCGCCCGGGUCGCCGCCUACUUCGUUCCGGCUCCGCGCCAUGGUGCUGGAGUCGGUGGUCGCAGACCUGCUGAACCGCUUCCUGGGGGACUACGUGGAGAACCUUGACAAGUCGCAGCUGAAGCUGGGCAUCUGGGGCGGCAAUGUGGCUUUAGAUAAUCUGCAGAUAAAAGAAAAUGCUCUGAGUGAAUUCGACGUUCCUUUUAAAGUCAAGGCUCGGCAAAUUGGUAAAUUAGCUUUGAAGAUUCCUUGGAAAAACCUUUAUGGAGAAGCAGUUGUUGCGACUCUAGAGGGAUUGUAUCUGCUUGUUGUCCCUGGAGCAAGUAUUAAGUAUGAUUCUGAGAAAGAAGAAAAAUCCUUGCAGGAUGUUAAACAGAAAGAGCUUUCCCGAAUUGAAGAAGCCCUUCAAAAAGCAGCAGAUUAGGGUACACAUUCAGGACAGUUCAUAUAUGGCUUGGAAAACUUGGUUUACAAGGACGUCAAGCCUGGACGUAAGCGUAAAAAGCACAAAAAACAUUUUAAGAAACGUUUUAAAGGUCUUGAUCGCUCAAAAGAUAAGCCUAAGGAAGCAAAAAAGGAUACAUUUUUGGAAAAAUUGGCAACUCAAAUAAUAAAAAAUGUACAAGUGAAAAUCACAGACAUUCACAUUAAAUAUGAAGAUGAUGUCACUGAUCCGGAGCGGCCGCUCUCAUUUGGUGUUACCCUGGGGGAAUUGGACUUGCUUACUACAAAUGAGAAUUGGACUCCAUGCAUAUUAAAUGAAGCAGAAAAAAUUAUAUACAAGCUAAUCCAACUGGAUAGUCUCAGUGCUUGCUGGAAUGUGAACUGCCGUCUGUCCUACUUGGGGUCCCGAGAACAGAUCUUGGAUCAACUUAAAAAUGAAAUUCUUACCAGUAGACAGAGACCUCCAAACCAUCAAUACAUUUUCCAGCCAAUAUCCAGCCAGUUUCCUGCAAAACUCUACAUGAAUCCUCAUGCAGAAGUAGAACUCAAAACUCCCAAAUUAGAUUGGAGCAUAGAAGUGCAGAAUAUUGCCAUUGAGCUGACCAAGCCCCAGUACGUAAGUAUGAUUGACCUUUUGGAAUCGUUGGAUUAUAUGGUUAGAAAUGUACCUUAUAGGAAAUAUAAACCUAAUUUACCACUUCAUACCAAUUGUAGGCAAUGGUGGAAGUAUGCCAUUGAUUCAGUUCUUGAAGUUCAUAUAAGAAGAUGUACACAGAUGUGGUCAUGGUGUAACAUAAAGAAGCAUAGAGAGUUACUCAAGAGUUAUAAAAUCGCUUACAAGAAUAAGCUAACUCAGACUAAACUCUCGGAAGAAAUCCAGAAACAAAUUCAGGACCUGGAGAAGACUUUAGAUGUUUUUAACAUAAUUUUAGCAAGGCAACAAGCACAAGUCGAGGUGAUUCGAUCUGGGCAGAAACUAAGGAAGAAAUCCACUGACACAGGGGAGAAACGGGGAGGCUGGUUUAGUGGGUUUUGGGGUAAGAAGGAGUCUAAGAAAAAAGGUGAAGAAUCAUUGAUUCCUGAAACUAUUGAUGAUCUUAUGACCCCUGAGGAGAAGGACAAACUCUUCACUGCUAUUGGUUACAGCGGGAGCAUGCAUAACUUGACUUUGCCCAAGAAGUAUGUUGCCUAUAUAAUGACCUUGAAGUUGGUAAGCACUUCUAUUGUAAUCAGAGAAAACAAAAAUAUUCCUGAAAUCCUAAAAAUCCAGAUCAUUGGCCUGGGCACCUGUUGGGAGCCUAUGCCAGGAGCGCAAGCCCUUAAGGUAGAAGCAAAGUUAGAACACUGGUAUAUCACAGGUCUGAGACAGCAGGAUACUGUGCCAUCCCUUGUGGCUUCCAUUGGUGACACUGCAUCAUCCUUGCUUAAAAUUGAGUUUGAAACCAAUCCAGAGAACAGCCUUGCUGACCAGACGCUGACCGUCCAGUCCCAGCCCGUGGAGGUCAUCUACGAUGCUAAAACCAUCAAUGCAGUGGUUGAUUUCUUUCAGUCAAAUAGGGGAUUGGAUCUUGAGCAAAUAACAUCAGCCACUUUGAUGAAGCUGGAAGAAAUUAAAGAGAGAACAGCUACUGGACUUACACAUAUAAUUGAGACUCGAAAAGUUCUUGAUUUAAGGAUAAAUCUGAAGCCUUCUUAUCUAAUAGUUCCACAGACAGGCUUCCACCAUGAAAAGUCAAAUCUUCUCAUUUUAGAUUUUGGUACAUUUCAGCUCAACAGUAAAAGUCAAGGUCUACAGAAGACUACCAGUUCAUCUUUGGAAGAAAUAAUGGAUAAAGCAUAUGACAAGUUUGAUGUUGAAAUAAAGAGUGUGCAACUACUCUUUGCAAGAGCAGGGGAAAACUGGAAGAAGUACCGUUUUCAGCACCCGUCCACUAUGCAUAUACUGCAGCCCAUGGAUAUUCAUGUGGAGCUAGCCAAGGCGAUGGUAGAGAAGGACACGAGAAUGGCCAGAUUUAAAGCAUCAGGAGGACUUCCUUUGAUGCAUGUGAGGAUUUCAGACCAGAAGAUGAAAGAUGUGCUGUGUUUGAUUAACAGUAUACCUUUGCCACAGAAAUCAUCAACUCAAUCUCCAGAGAGACAGGUAUCGUCAGUUCCUGUUGCUUCAAGUGGGACAAAAGUUCUCCUUGGUACUUCAUUAUUGCUGAGUGAAAUGGAUUCAGAGUCUGACGAUGAGUAUUUCGACGCUGAAGACGGUGCCUUCCAGGUGCCUAGAGGUGCGCCAGGCUCCGAACCCCGAAAGGCUGCGGAGGUUCCGAACGAGGCCCUCGUUAAUCUUCUGCUCAAGUUUGAAGUUAAAGAAGUAAUUUUGGAAUUUACUAAACAACAGAAAGAAGAAGAUACAAUUCUAGUAUUUAAUGUUACUCAGUUAGGAACAGAGGCCACAGUGAGAACUUUCGACCUAACUGUGGUGUCUAAUUUAAAGAAGAUCAGCUUGGAUUACCAUGAAAUUCAAGGAUCAAGAAAAAAGCCCCUUCACUUGAUUAGCUCUUCUGACAAACCUGGGUCAGAUCUUUUAAAAGUAGAGUAUAUUAAGGCUGAUAAGAGUGGACCUAGUUUUCAAACCACUUUUGAAAAAACUGAACAGACAUUUAAGGUGGCCUUUUCCUCUUUGAACUUGUUGCUGCAAACCCAAGCUCUUCUCUCUUCUAUUAACUACCUGACAACCAUCCUUCCCUCAGAUGGCCUUGGAGUUAAUAUAGAAAAGUCUUGAAUAGAAUUUAUAUUAUCUGAAUUGUAUUGUGAAAUAACUCUUAUUUUCUUUUUAGUGAUUGUAUCCUCUAAAGACAGUGAUGUUACUGGCUUCAGAUUGUUUGCCAAGUUAAAUGCUUUCUGUGUCACCAUUUGCAAUGAGAAGAGCAGUAUUGCUGAAAUCAGGAUACAAGGCCUCGACUCUUCCCUUUCUCUUCAGUCAAGGAAGCAGUCACUUUUUGCCAGACUGGAAAAUAUUAUUGUUACAGAUGUUGAUCCUAAGACAGUUCAUAACAAAGCUGUGUCAAUAAUGGGAAAUGAAGUUUUUCGUUUUAACUUGGAUUUGUACCCAGAUGCGACUGAAGGGGAUUCAUACACUGACAUGUCCAAAGUGGAUGGCGUGGUGUUGCUGAAUGUUGGCUGCAUUCAGAUUGUCUAUCUUCAUAAGUUCCUUGUGUCCCUUUUGAACUUCCUGAACAAUUUCCAGACAGCCAAAGAGGCCCUGAGCGCAGCCACCGCGCAGGCUGCAGAAAAGGCCGCCACCAGUGUGAAAGACCUUGCCCAGCGGAGUUUGCGCUUCUCUGUCAGCAUUAAUUUGAAAGCACCCGUUAUUGUCAUCCCACAGUCUUCUGUUUCCAGCAACGCUGUUGUGGUGGACCUUGGUUUGAUCAGAGUUCAGAACCAGUUCAGUCUUGUGUCUGGGGAAGGGUCUGUAAAUCCUCCUGUGAUCGAUAGAAUGGAUGUGCAGCUCACGGACCUGAAGCUGUCCAGGACAGUGAUCCAACCAGGCACCUCCCAGCCUGAUAUUCAGCUGUUGCACCCAAUUAACUUUGAGUUUUUUGUAAAUCGAAAUCUACCUGCAAAUUGGUAUCAUAAGGUACCUGUUGUGGAAAUUAAAGGACAUCUUGAUACAAUGACUGUUUGUCUAAAUCAAGAAGAUCUUAAUGUUUUGUUUAGAAUACUGUCGGAAAAUCUUGGUGAAACUCCUGAAGAGUUAGAUAAAGUGAAACCAAGAGUACCAGAGACAGGUGAAAUCAAAGAUGCCCCUGAAAUUUCUACAUCACAGAGAUUACAAGCUUCAAAAGAUGCUUCAAGAGCUGAAAGAGAAGAAAUUAGAUCUGUAAACAUUGUUAAUGUACUGCUGAAUUUUGAAAUUAAAGAGGUUAUGGUGAUGCUGAUGAAAAAGGCGGAAAAGAGUGGGAGGCCAGUGCACGAGCUCAGUGUCCUGCAGCUUGGAGUGGAAGCUAGAGUUCAAGCUUAUGCCGUGACUGCUGAAGCUUAUCUCCAGCAAGUCAGCAUGCGGUGCCUGGAUUUCACUGAUGCAGAAGGAGGCCCUCUGCACAUCGUGCGCUCCUCUUGUGUGACUAAGGAGCCGCUCCUGAAGUUGGCCUUGACCAAGGCAGACAGUGAUGGACCGGAAUUUAAAACUGUUCAUGACAAUACCAAACAGAGACUAAAGGUUUCAUUUUCAUCCUUAGACAUAUUACUUCAUUUAGAAGCUUUACUUUCCCUUAUGGAUUUUUUGUCAUCGGCUGUUCCAUCCUCUGAGUCGUCUUCUAGGAAGGAAUCUGAGCUAAAACCACUUGUAGGGGAGUCCAGAAGUAUUGCCAUCAAAGCUGUAUCUGGCACCAUUUCUAAAGAGGAUAUGUUCGAUUUAAAGGUUACAGCUGAAUUAGAUGCUAUUAGUUGUUCUGUAGCUGAUGUUAAAAUACAUGGAAUGGACGCCUCUGUUUCUGUGAAGCCAAAACAGACUGAUAUGUUUGCCAGACUUCAUCAGAAUAUCAUAGUAACAAAUGUUGAUUUGAAGUCCAUUCACAAAAAGGCUGUCUCCAUCUUGGGAGAGGAAGUCUUCCGGUUCCAGAUGACUCUGUAUCCAGACGCCACAGAAGGAGAAGCCUAUGCCGACGUGUCUAAAGUGGAUGGCAGACUUAGUCUCAAAGUGGGCUGUAUUCAGAUCGUUUACGUUCAUAAAUUCUUCGUGUCUUUGUUGAAUUUCCUCAACAACUUCCAAGCUGCCAAGGAAGCUUUGAGCACGGCUACCAUGCAGGCUGCAGAGAGAGCUGCUUCUAGUGUGAGGGACUUGGCCCAGAAGAGCUUCCGCCUUGCGAUGGAUGUGGACCUGAAAGCACCGGUUAUUAUUAUCCCUCAGUCUUCAGUGUCGUCUAACGCUGUGGUGGCAGAUCUCGGCUUAAUCAGCGUGGAAAACAGCUUUAGUUUGCUUCCUGCAGAACGUUACCCUUUCCCUCCAGUCAUUGAUAAAAUGAAGGUCCAACUCACUCAAUUGAAGCUGUCCAGAACUAUCUUGCAAGCUGACUUGCCACAGGAUGACAUUGAAAUCUUAAAACCAGUAAACAUGCUUUUGUCUAUACAACGAAACUUAUCAGCAACUUGGUACAUGGAAAUUCCCGGGAUCGAGAUAAAAGGAAAGUUAAAACCUAUGCAGGUUGCUCUCAGUGAAGAUGACCUAACAGUUCUAAUGAAAAUUUUGCUGGAAAAUCUUGGGGAAGCUUCUCCACAGCCAAGCCCUGCACUGUCUGCUCAGGAGGCUGUGAGAGUGAGGAAAGAUAUUCCAAGUGGACCAGACUACCUGAGAGAACAAGAAGAUUUGACAGACCUAAAGCCUUCUUUGGACCAGACCGUCACACUCCAAUUUGACUUUCAUUUUGAAUCUCUGUCCAUUAUCCUUUAUAACAGUGACAUCAGUCAGGAGUCCAAACUUGCAUUUUGUAAUGAUAGUUUUCGUCUCAGUGAGCUCAGACUGUACCUGAUGGCCUCUGCAGGGAAGAUGUUCAAGGAUGGCUCAGUGAAUGUCAGCCUUAAGCUGAAGACAUGCACCCUUGAUGACCUCAGAUAAGGCAUCGAGAGAGCCACGUCCAGAAUGAUUGACAGAAAGAAUGACCAAGAUAGCAGCAGUUCUAUGAUUGAUAUUCAUUACAAACAAGACAAAAACACAAGUCUAAUUGAUGCUGUUCUUGACAAGCUGUAUGUGUGUGCCAGCGUGGAGUUUUUGAUGACUGUGGCAGAUUUCUUCAUCAAAGCUGUGCCUCAGAGCCCAGAAAAUACGGCGAAGGAAAUACAAAUGCCAUCAAGACACAUUACCAUGGGGAAAGUCAAGACAGAAAAAGAUGAUUCUGCAAGAUGAAACAUGACCUUGAAGGCCAAGAUCACAGACCCGGAAGUGGUGUUUGUGGCCAGCCUGAGCAGGGCGGACGCUCCUGCGCUGUCGGCCUCCUUCCAGUGUAAGCUCUGUGUGUCCGCAUCUGGGCUGGAGCAGGUGACGGAGGCAUCCAUCAAAGACCUGAGAGUGCUCGCUUGUCCUUUCCUCAGAGAGAAGAGGGGGCAAACCAUCACCACAGUCUUGCAGCCAUGCUCUUUAUCUAUGGAAAAAUGUACCUGGGCCUCAGGAAAACAGAAUAUCAAUAUUAUGGUUAAAGAAUUUAUAAUUAAGAUUUCACCCAUCAUUCUGAAUACUGUGAUGACAAUAAUGGCUGCCAUGUCUCCAAAGACGAAAGAGGAUGAAUCGAGAGACACAUCUAAGGAAAUGGAAAGUCUCUGGGAUAUCAAGUCUAUUGAUGAUUAUGAUUCUUGGUUUCUUGGUGUUGACAUGGCAACCGAAGCAACAGAAAGUUUCAGAGCGAUGGAUCAUCCACUGAUAGAGGAAAACUGUGCUGUUGCUGUGGAAUCGGUCCAAGUCACUCUAGAAUGUGGCCUUGGGCACCGAACUGUGCCUUUACUAUUGGCAGAGUCCAAGUUUUCAGGAAAUAUUAAGAAUUGGACUUCCCUGUUGGCUGCUACUGCUGAUGUGACACUGCAGGUUCACUAUUACAAUGAGAUUCAUGCUGUGUGGGAGCCAUUGAUCGAGCGAAUAGAGGGGAAGAAACAAUGGAACUUAAAGCUUGAUGUAAAGAAGAACCCGAUCCAGGAUAAAAGUUUGAUACCAGGAGAUGAUUUUAUUCCUGAGCCCAAAAUGGCAAUUUAUAUUUCUUCAGCAGACACAAUGAAUAUAACAAUAUCCAAAACGUGUCUCAAUGUUUUCAGCAAUUUAGCAAAAGGUUUUUCGGAGGGCACUGCUUCUACUUUUGAUUACUCUUUAAAAGACAGAGCUCCGUUUACGGUCAGAAAUGCUGUAGGUGUUCCCAUGAAGGUGCAGCUCAGUCGUAACCUGAGAGUGAUGGGCUCCCCAGGGAAGAGCGAUGUCUAUGGUGUGGAUGCCGGUCAGCAUCUGGAACUGGAGUAUGCCAGCACGGAACCUUCCUCUCAAGGGAAGCUGUCUGUGCUGAGCCGUCAGGAGAGUUCCUUCUUCACGCUGACUUUCGUACCACAUGGAUACACAGAGGUUGCCAAUGUCCCUGUUGCCCGACCUGGAUGGCGGUUGUACAAUGUGUGGAAUCCCCAUGCCAAUUACUCAGACUCCGUCUUGGUACAGAUUGAUGCCACCGAAGGGAAUAAAGUCAUCACCCUCCGCUCUGCGCUGCAGAUUAAAAACCACUUCUCUGUUCCAUUUAUUAUCUAUAAACUGGUUAAGAAUGUUAAACUUCUGGAGCACAUUGGAACAGUCAGCCCCGAAGAGGAGUUCCAUGUCCCUUUAGAUUCGUAUAGAUCUCAGUUGUUUAUCCAGCCGGCUGGGGACUUAGAGCAUCAGUACAAGGAGUCGACCACCUACAUCCCCUGAAAGGAGGAGCUGCACAGGAGCAGUUCCGUAACAGGCAGGCUGCAGUGUCCGGCGGUGCAGCGCAGCUUCCUGCCGCUAGUUGUGAACACGGUUGCCGAGCCUGACGAGUUGAGCCACAUCAGCGCACACGGGGAGGAUUGGAACCCGGUGUACAUCAUUCACCUCUACCCUUCUCUCACACUGCAGAAUCUGCUCCCCUAUUCCCUAAGAUACUUACUGGAGGGAACAGCAGAUACUCAUGAGCUGGCAGAAGGCAGUACAGCAGACGUCCUGCAUUCCCGAAUCAGUGGAGAAGUCAUGGAAUUAGUUCUGGUCAGAUACCUGGGCAGAGACUGGACCGGUCAUUUCCGCAUAUGUGACACGCUUCCCGAGUUCUUUCUCGUGUGUUUUACGUCUAACUCCAAAGAAGCAGUGACAGUUGACCUGUCGGUGCACGUCAGGCGAGUUGGCAACCGCAUGGUGCUCUCUGUCUUUAGUCCCUACUGGUUAAUCAACAAGACUUCUCGGGUCCUCCAGUACCGCGCAGAAGACACUCACGUGAAGCACCCAGCUGACUUCAGGGACAUCAUUUUAUUCUCUUUCAAGAAGAAGAACAUUUUUAGUAAAAACAAGGCACGUCGCAGGCGGUCGCGCGUAGUAAGACGUCACUUCCUCCCGGAAGACGCUCCGGGAGACCCGCUCGAGAUUCCUGUCACUUCUCAGAGCUUGCCCACCGGGAACAUGGCCCUGCCGCCCUUCUUCUCCCCGGCCCGCCCCGGCCCGCCCUGCCCCGCUGCCCCCUCAGCCGCCGCCUCCUGCUCCUUUCGGCUGCCCGCCACCGCCACUACCCUCCCCGGCUUUCCUGCCGCCCCUUCCCCAGCGGCCCGGCCAUUAUCCGGGGACCUCCGCCCCCUUCCUUCAGCCUUCGCUGGGUCUGCAACCCCGGGUCCCCGCGGAAGGCUCCCGCCGCGGCGGUGGCGGUGGCAGUGGUGGCGGUUUCUACUCGGUGCCGCCCCCGCCGCUGCCUCCGCCGCCACCCCAGUACCGGCCCUUCCUGGGGACCGACGCCGGCGAGAGGCCGCGGCCGCCGCCUCCAGGCCCGGGGCCGCCCUGGAGCCCGCGCUGGGCAGAGGUGCUGCCGCCUGCUGAUGAGCUCGGGGACGCGGCUGACUUGUUCCAAGCAUACAGCUCAGAAAUGGCUAACGUUGGCUUUGGUUCCACAUCUGGGGCUUAAAACUCGUCACACGGUUGAGGAUUAUUUGUAAAA